AUGGAAGUGGCUGUGUGUCAUAAAUUGAAACAAAAGAAGCUCAUGGCCACAAAUCAGAUUGGGCCUGUUGCGCGGGCCUGGUACAAGUGGAAAGCCCUUCGCUUACCAUGGCGCAAGCGCUUCCUCGUGGGUUAUGACCUUCAGGGCAACACGUACUGGGAAUUUCGACUCACGAGAGGCGCUGAGAGUAAUGAGCGCUGGCGAAGAAUUGUUAAAUACCCGCGAUCAACACACUACUCUUCCGUAAAGGUCAGCCCGCAAUGGCACCAGUGGCUACGGCAUACACGAGAGGGCCCUCCAAGUAUCGAGGAACAACACAGCGAUGUUCUGCGCCGGGUGAGGAUGCAGAAGCUUGCUGCUGAGGCGGAUGCUAGAUGGGAGGCCAAGCCGCGAGUCAUGGAGGCACCGCAGGCUGCGCCGGCACCGUUGCUUUCACCGACAAAGGCCGGCCCUCUACAACGAGACGCUGGGAGUAGUGAGCAGACUGGCAUGGGCUCAAAAGAGACCAAAGCAGAGACUGAAAAGAAGGACGAUCCUUGGGCCAAGGCAAAGGCUAGAGCACCAGGCGAGACGUGGCAACCCGCUUCUUGGAGCCCUACAGCAGCCAAGAAGCGUUGA